AUGCCUGGCAGGGAAUAUCCAGAUGGGUACCCCUCGUUGGCUGCCUUCAUGGCAAGCGACCCAGACCGGACAGCACUAAUAUUCAAACGCUUUGAUCGCUUGACUGCGCGAACUUUGUUAUAUUUGGAAAGCGAAUUGGCCGAGCUUCAAGCCCAACUUGAUGCGUUCGACGAGGAGGAUAGGGGUUCGCCAUGUGCCCGAAAUUGGACAACGUACAAAGAAAAGUGGCAGAUUUAUCCACAGAGAGCCAAGCUUAUUGAAGACAUCCAAAAGAAUAUGAUGGAAUAUAAAAGGUUACUGAGUUACGAGAGUGUUCUGGCAUCUCAACCCGCGCCUGAUCGAAGGAUGCUGAAAGCGUUUUUGCUAGGCUUUCACCAUGGACCGCCUAGAGUCGAGGGUAGUUUCCCAAUUUUGGGAGGAAAGAGCUCGUUUUUAUAUGACGACAUUAAUGAUCUGAUGAUUCUUCGCCCGCCAGGGCGAAGCGAUCGCCUCUCUACCUUUCUUCGAGAUUUUCUAGGAUUUAUAUUUGUAAAAAAGCUGCCCGAGGGACGGCCGGACAUCUCGGGGCUUGGUUAUGCCUCGGAAUCCAGAAUCGAACUUUUUGUUUUGUAUCUCAGCACCGUCCUCGCUGCCUUGCUUCUAAUAGGCGCAAUCAUAGUUUUGUACAAGGUUUCUUCUCCAGAUCUUAAGUUAGGCCUUGUGGGCCUCUUCACGGUUCUGUUUGCUGCGAGUGUUGGGCUUUUGACAAACGCAAGGCUUGCAGAAAUCUUUGGAGCUACAGCCGCUUACGCGGCCGUCCUGGUUGUAUUUAUUAGUGGAGAGAUUGGAGGCUCAUCACGGCCCUAG